ACCAGAUUGCCUGCAACGUCGCGAUGUCUGCCAUCGUAGGGAAGAGGAAGCCCAACCAGCCAAACAACCUCCAGCUGCUGCCCUCGUCGCUGGGAUCCGCCCCCGCCGCUGCAUUCAAGGCUGGCCCGCAGCGUACCACCAAAACUACCCAAAAGCUCACACUCCUGCCGGAAGAGAAUGUCCGGGAUGCUCGUGAAACAGAGUCUGGUCGCGACGUUUACUCGCAACUCACGCAGAUCACCGAUACCACGGCUCGACGUGAUGCGGAGCGACUAGGGAAGGCCGAGCGUGCUAAGCUGCCUCGAGUGACAGCAUACUGUACAGCAAGUGGAUACAGAAUGGACGAUCUGGUCAAGUUUUUGCAAAGCAGAAAAGACACUUGUCAUACGCUGCCCAAGAAGUUUGAUGAAUGCGUGUACAGCACGUAUUCUUACACAGGCAGAGACUCCUCCCAGCCACGCACUGGUGACCUGUUAGGUCUAUCAGAGUUCUCAGAAGCACAAGAAGGCUACAACCACCCUUCUUUGCCAAUAUACAGCGAGGUUUUCUUGUUUGAUUAUGGUGUGACGGUUAUCUGGGGAAUGACUGAACAAGAGGAAAGAAGGUUUCUGAAGGACAUCGGAAAGUUUGAGAUUGAGAAGCUUGGUGCUGACGAUGUGGAGAUCGAGGAGUUUAACUACUACGUCGCUGGCUAUCAAUCACGUAUUUACAAUGACUUCAUCACGCUAAAGGAUGGCCGGAACUACAUGGUCAAGUUAUCGAUCUCACAUGCGAUCGCACAGUCAGUCAAGAUCUCGUUAUUCGAAGAAUUGGUCGACAAUACGAUUGAAGUCACGAAAGAUAUCCCACAGGAUAUCGCAGAAAGUGGUAAAGUGGCUAUGUCGAGAAAGGACAUCAUGAAGAGCGUGGGAGAACUUUUCAUUCUACGUAUUAAUAUCAAUCUGCAGGGUUCGGUGUUGGAUAGCCCAGAAUUGUUCUGGGCCGAACCUCAACUCGAGCCGAUUUACCAAGCGGCACGUUCAUAUUUGGAAAUCAACCAGAGAGUUUCGUUGCUUAAUCAGCGUGUGGAAGUUAUCUCUGAUCUAUUGUCCAUGCUCAAGGAACAGUUAACUCACUCGCACGGUGAAUGGCUGGAGUGGAUCGUCAUUAUCCUGAUUGCCGCAGAGAUUGUGAUUGCAGUCAUUAACAUUAUUAUCGAUAUUUUCGCUGCUGGAUAA